UUCUUUCAGGGCCUUGUCUUAGGCAUCUAUGCAAAUGAAAAGGAAGAGGGACCUCCUCAGUUUACUGAUGCAGGAGAUGCUUUUGAUAGACGUGUAUCCGGGAAGCUGAGAGAACUUUUGUCCAUAUCCGGGCCUCUUUUGAAGAAAGGCAAAACACGCAUCUUUCAUGGUUUGCAUCAGGACUUUCCAAGUGUUGUAGUUGUGGGCUUGGGUAAGAAGAGCAUUGGAGUAAGUGAUCAAGAAAACUGGGAUGAAGGCAAAGAGAAUAUUCGGGCAGCUGUUUCAGUUGGAUGCAGGCAGGUUCAGGAUCUAGAGAUCCCUUGUGUUGAAGUGGACCCCUGUGGAGAUGCUCAGGCUGCUGCAGAAGGAGCCGUCCUUGGAUUGUAUGAGUACGAUGAGUUUAAGAAAAGAAAGAAGCCUGUCGUUACUCCUCAGCUACAUGGAAGUGAUGGAAAAGAAGCCUGGCAAAAAGGUACAAUCUACGGUGAAGGUCAAAACUUGGCUCGACACUUGAUGGAGGCCCCAGCAAACUAUAUAACACCCAUUAAAUUUGCUGAAUUUGUUGAACAGAAACUCAAAGCUGCUAAUAGCGGCGUGAAGAUCCAUAUCAGAUCAAAAUCCUGGAUAGAAGAGCAGCAGAUGGGAGCAUUCUUGAGUGUAGCUAAGGGUUCAGAGGAGCCUCCAGUCUUUUUGGAGAUUCACUAUUCCGGCAGCGCUAAUACAAAUGACCCUCCAUUGGUGCUUGUUGGGAAAGGAGUUACAUUUGAUAGUGGUGGCAUUUCAUUAAAGCCUUCUUCAGGUAUGGAUGCAAUGAGAGCAGAUAUGGGAGGAGCAGCGACUGUGUGUUCAGCCAUUGUAACAGCAGCAACGCUAAAUCUACCUCUUAAUAUAAUUGUUUUGGCACCUCUCUGUGAAAAUAUGCCGAGUGGUAGGGCAAGCAAACCUGGAGAUGUAGUUAGAGCCAAGAAUGGAAAAACAAUACAGGUUGAUAACACAGAUGCAGAAGGACGGUUACUGUUAGCUGAUGCCCUCUGCUACGCCCACAAUUUUAAUGCACGGGCUAUUGUAAAUGCUGCAACUUUAACAGGUGCCAUGGAUGUAGCAUUAGGAUCUGCUGCAACUGGUGUGUUUACCAAUUCAUCGUGGCUUUGGACUCACCUUUAUGAGGCCAGUAUUUUGACAGGAGACCGUGUUUGGAGAAUGCCUCUCUUUGAACAUUACACAAAACAAGUUACAGACUGCCCACUUGCAGACCUGAGUAAUGUUGGAAAAUAUAGCAGAGCUGGAGGUGCAUGUACAGCUGCUGCAUUCCUGAAAGAAUUUGUAACCAUUUCUCACUGGGCUCAUUUAGAUAUAGCUGGUGUGAUGUCUAAUAAAGAUGAGGUUCCUUAUCUUCGAAAGGGCAUGGCUGGACGACCAACACGCACAUUAGUGGAGUUUGCUACUCGGCUGAGCCAAGACAAUCAAAGUGCCUAGAAAAAUAUUCUAUAAGCUUCCAAUUUGUCCACUUUAAAGAAAUUUUAAGAUUAUUUGGAAAAAAACCCCCAAAAAGC